CGGGCGCGGCGCCGGCGUGCGGGUCUGCGGCCACCUUAUUCCAAUUGCUGGCUGUCCGUCUACCCGCGCGCGGACGGCCAGGCUCAGACCUCCGGGGACCGGGGGAUGCCGGGCUGCCGCAUCAGUGCCUGCGGCCCGGGGGCCCAGGAAGGGCCGGCAGAACCCGGGUCCCCGCCGCCGCCGCCCCGGGAGUCCCUGCCGUCUCCCCAGCUCCCGCCGCCCCCAACUCCGACCUUGACCCCGGCGUCGUCGCAGCCCGAAGCGGCUCAGGGGUCGGCAGCAGGCGCGGCCGAGGGGCAGGAGCUGCAGCGCUGGCGCCAGGGCCCUAGCGCGGGCGCGGGGGUCACCGGGCCGGCAGGGAGCGCGAACGGCGGCCCGGGCACAGCGGCGGCGGCGGCGGCGGCGGGGCCGGGGGGGCGCGCGCUGGAGCUGGCCGAAGCGCGGAGGCGGCUGCUGGAGGUGGAGGGCCGCCGGCGCCUGGUGUCGGAGCUGGAGAGCCGCGUACUGCAGCUGCACCGGGUCUUUCUGGCGGCUGAGCUACGCCUGGCGCACCGCGCCGAGAGCCUGGGCCGCCUGAGCGGCGGCGUGGCGCAGGCCGAGCUCUACCUGGCGGCGCACGGGUCGCGCCUCAAGAAGGGCUCCCGCCGCGGCCGCCGGGGCCGCCCGCCAGCGCUGCUCGCCUCGGCGCUCGGCCUGGGUGGUUGCGUGCCCUGGGGCGCCGGGCGCCUGCGGCGAGGACACGGCCCUGAGCCCGAGUCGCCCUUCCGCCGCAGCCCGCCCCGCGGCCCCGCCUCUCCCCAGCGCUGAUCCCAAGCACCCGGACCCCUGGCCACCCCGGACGGCCCAUCGCCGAGGUACCGACCGACGCGCUGUGGAGGAAUGGACGGCGGAGUCACCGGCGUGGAUGACCAAGCCGAUCACCGGAGGACAGGGCUCAGGAAAGGAGGUGGCGGUGCGGUCGUAGCGACUGGUGCGUUCGAAAGGCGGGGCGGUGGGGGUGCAGGGCCCGGAAGCUCCCUUCCCUGGGUCCCUAAUAAAGCUACUCACCUCUCCCCGACUCCCCACCCCACUAUUAGAGACUUAGUUAGACGGUGAGAAUUGGGGAUGCCCAGCUCCCAGGAGGAGCGCAUGGCAAACUUGGGCGCGCUGGAGCCCGCUGUACGGACACCGCACCGGCCUUCCCUGCCCUGAUUCCUGGGGCUGCAAAAAGUCUGCCCUCUGAGGCCGCCGCUUUCCAGCACAGUCCAACUCCCAACCUUGGAGAGGGCAGAAUAAUGAGAACCCGGGAUGGGGUGGCGCCGGCUGGGGACUGCAGGACAGAGCCCCUGACGCUCUUUGGAGGAGAUGGAGUUUCAGAGAGGUUGCUUAGAUCACCCGGGAAACCAGGAUGGAGAGCUUGGCACCUGCUGGCCUAGCCCCGCCCUCCCUUCCCAACCUGUCUCUAGGAUGGCUCUACCAGGGUUGGAGCCAGGUGACACCCUGUAAGGGGGCCCCAAGGGGGCAGGUAUGGCAUCAGCCUCCUGGAAGCGGGGAGGGGCUUAAAGGGCCAGACCUGAAAUGA